GGGGGGCGGAGGUCAGGCCGAAUCUUCCUCCGUAAUAAGAAGCGACGUGUCCGCCCCGCUCCCCGCGGUCCUGGCUCCGCGGGUCCAGUCGGAUCAGGCCUGGGCUCUGGCGCUGCUGUGGCUCCCGCCGCCGCGGCGGGUGCGAUGGAGGUCGUGCCGGAGCCCAGCGCUCACGCCGGGGCAGGCCGACACAGCCGGCGAUGCCAGUAGAUGAGGCGGAGGCGGUGGCGGCGGGCAGACCGGGCUCCCCAUGAGCCAGCGGCGGCGGCGGCGGGUGCGGCGGCACCGGCGGUUCUCGGUCCCCCGGGAGGAUGAAGACGCUGUUUGAAGAGAUCAAAGCAUCAAUUAAAAAUAACUAUAACCAAGAUCGAUCAUUUUGGAGGCCUGUUCUUCCUUGGGGAGGUGUUUUUACUAUCAAAGCUGGCCGCAAAGCAGUAUCCUGUACACCACUCUAUGUUGAAAUAAGACUGAAAAAUACCUGCACUAUAGAUGGCUUUUUGAUGUUACUGUAUGUCAUUCUUAAUGAAAAUGAAAACUUCCCCAGGGAACUCUCUCUUCAUUUUGGUAGAGAGUUUGUAGACUGUUUUCUCUAUUUAAUGGACACCUAUAGUUUUACAACUGUGAAGCUACUUUGGAUUUGGGACAAAAUGGAAAAACAGCAAUACAAAUCUGAAGUUCAUAAAGCUUCAUUAAUAAUUGAUUUGUUUGGGAAUGAGCAUGAUAAUUUUACAAAAAACCUUGAAAAUCUCAUGUCUACCAUUCAAGAGAGUUACUGCUCCAACUGGCGAUGCCCCACUCGAGUGCAGGAAGAUCAACAGCGCACAAUUAGUAUCAAUCCUCCCCAAGAAAUCCCACAUGGAAACUUGAUACGACUGGCUGUGGAUGAGUUAUUUUGUUCCAGGAUCGAACUAUGUGAAGAGUUUGGGUGUGGUGGCUUAAGAGAAUUUUCCCAGAGAGUUUUUUGCCAUGGGGCACCACCUUUUGUUGUCUUAAAUAUGCAGCAUUGGAAAUCUGAAGAUCUGGCAUAUGUACCCUAUUACUUGGAUUUAUCUGAUCACAAGUAUUUGUUAGAAGGUGCCACAUUAUUUAAUAAAGAGGAACACCAUUAUUCUGCAGCAUUCCAGAUUGAUGGACAUUGGAUGCACUAUGAUGGUCUCAGAAAUGUGAAUUUAAUUUUGUUAAAUAAACCCCCAGAGUUUCUCCUCUUGUCAUCAUUGGUUUAUAUUCGAGCAACAGAGAAAUAAAUAUAGACUGAUGCUAAAUUAAAUUGUUUGCCCGCCUGCCCAUGCUCCCGAGAUAAAGGGCUUUUAUGUUGUAUAUACUUGGUAUCCAAGGAAACUGUUCAACUAUGUUAGUUUCAGAGGUGUAUUUUCCAGUGUUUAGGCCCAGAUAAAUGUUUUAUAUAGAAGACCUAUGCAAAAAUGUUUGUAUUUCUUUUUUAUAUUUCUUGGAUUAUUUUUAUACAAGCAUAUUUUAUGUUGGAAUAAAAUAAAUCUUGU